CCCCCUCGGAAGGGGGGCGUGGAGGCUACCAGGAUCAGCCAGGGGACAGCAUGAACCGGAGGGAGGGAAGUCUGGAAGACCCCCAGGCUGAUUCCUCCAUUUCACCCCUUCCCCACUUGGAGGCCAAGAUCCAACAGACACACAGCCUUGCCCGCCUCCUCACCAAAUAUGCUGAACAGCUGCUCCAGGAAUAUGUGCAGCACCAGGGAGACCCCUUCGGGCUGCCGGGCUUCUCGCCCCCGCGGCUGCCGGUGGCCGAUCUGAGCGCCCCGGGCCCGGGCCACGAGGGCCUGCCGGUGCCUGAGCGCCUGCGGCUGGACGCGGCGGCGCUGGCCGCGCUGCCGCCGCUGCUGGACGUGGUGCGCCGCCGCCAGGCCGAGCUGAACCCGCGCGCGCCGCGCCUGCUGCAGCGCCUGGAGGACGCGACGCGCCAGGCCCGGGCCUUGGGCGCCGCCGUGGAGGCCGUGCUGGCCGCGUUGGGCGCCGAGACGCCCGAGCCCCGGACCGAGCCCGCCACCGCCGCCAUCGCCGCCGCCACUGCCACCGCGGGCGUCUUCGCGGCCAAGGUGCUGGGGCUCCGCGUGUGCGGCCUCUACCGCGAGUGGGUGAGCCGCACCGAGGCCGACCUGGGCCAGCUGGCGCCCGAGGGCCCGGCCUGAGCCCUGGACGCGGGCCGAAGCCCGCGGUCCCCUCCUCCUUGGCCGCCUCCAUCUCUCGGUCUCUGCAUCUCCGUCAGUGUCUGGGUUCUCGCACUGUCUCCAUCUUUCUAUAUGCUCUGUCCGCUCGUGAUCUUUUUCUCUCUGUGACUUCCUGUGCCUGUCAUUUCCGUGCUUUCUUCGUCUUUUACUCCAUCGCUGGGCCCUGCCUCCCUGGGCAUUUCUUUGUCUCCCCGUCUCUCUCUGGUCUCCUCUUCGCCCCGUGUGAGCACGUGUACAUGUCCACCUCAUCUCAAGGAGACACCUAUACUCUGUUCCUCUCUGUCCUUCUCUCUGUCCUUUCCUGGCCAGGGACAUGCCUGCUGGCCCUGUGGUGGGAGGGCUACUCCAAACAGAUUUCAGCCACCCCCCACCCCCCGCCCCCCGGCCCCGU